UUAGUUAGUUCAAGUGGAUCUACAACGGCUCUGUUUGAAUGAGUAAGCGCUUGUAUAGUAGUAGUAGCAGAGAACAGCAAGCAGACUUGGACAAACACACACAUUGACACAAGGCGUUAUAUUGGGGGUGUUUCGCUUCUAUGUUCUAGUAACUUCUAGUUCUACUCCAUCUCUUGGUCUGUAACUCACUGGCUCAGUGCUCAUCGCGGCAGGUGAAGGAGCGAGAUUGACUUGCACUCCUAGAUAUUCCAUCUUGACUCGAGGUGCAGAUAGAUCCCUGUUAGUCUGUCCCUUGCCACCUUGCUCCCAGUGUCAGCUCUAGUCCAAACUACACAAAGAAGAAUUACGAUCGUAUUUUGCCAAAAUGACAAGCAUGGAUGCCAGUGAAACCGAAGCCAAGCGCGCUCCAGUGACGUCGAUUCGUGAGUGGGUUCGGGCUGAUCCGGACAGCGAGUUUCCGGCAGAGUCCGGUCGCUAUCAUCUGUACCUCUCCCUGGCGUGCCCGUUCGCUUCACGUGCCUAUUUCAUGCUGGUCCACAAGGGACUGGAGAACGUCAUCAGCAAAAGUAUUGUGCACUACCUGAGACCAGACGCGGAGAAGGGCUGGGAGUUCACCCCGGGUCACUAUCGCACCGAUGCUGACACCGUGAAUGGCAAGAAGUACAUGCGCGAGAUCUACGAGAUGUGCGCGCCCGAGUACAGCGGGCGCAUCACCGUGCCGGUGUUCUUCGACAAGAAGAUGAAGAGGAUUGUCAGCACCGAGUCUGGCGACAUCCUGCGCAUGCUUAGCACCGAGUUCAACGCAUUCUGCGAGACCGAUGAGCAGCGUCAGAUUGACCUGUAUCCGGAGGGACUCCGCGACUCGGUGGACGAGAUGAACACAUUCAUUGGCGAUGCAAUAAACUCGGGCGUGUAUGGCUGUGGCCUGGCCACGGUCCAAGAAAAGUAUGAUGCGAGUGCCGAGAAGCUUUUCUCCGCUCUUGAUAAGCUGGAGGAUGUCUUGUCCAAGAGUCGUUACAUUCUAGGCGAUCGGAUGACUGAGUCGGAUGUGCGUCUCUUUACAAGCCUGGCGAGAUUCGAUAUGGUCUAUCACGGUCUGUUUAAGUGCAACAAACGCCGCCUUGUGGAUUAUCCAAACCUGUGGGCAUUCACACGUGACUUGUAUCAGUUGCCAGGCAUUGAUGCCACCGUCGAUCGAUUCCACAUCGAGACGCACUAUCCGUCAGUGUUCAAGCAGAUCAACCCGCACGGAAUCAUUUCGAUCGGCCCCCAACCCCUGGACUUCAACGCACCGCAUGGCCGUGAUACCCAGUUUUCUGCCUAGGAACACUAGCAACAUGCGCACUAAGUUAGUAGCAGGUCUGUGAGAGUCUUGACACACCUGCAAAUCUGCUGCCAUGAAAUCUACACUGUAGCUGCCAUCAUGCUUACUUUUCUCUCAUCUCCAUGCUCCCGCUCCUUCCGUUCUAACUGUUCGCGUUUGUCAAAAGGCUUCUCCAUUGCUGGUAAGGGCCCCCUUACAUUUUCUCUGUGUCCUAGAAGUGCUGCCAAGCCUCGUGUUGAGGGUUUUAAUUUGGCAUGGUAUACUAGUAGUGCACAGAAUCAACACUAGUUUCAAUUAGUUUUCUCCUUGUUUUCUGGUUCAAUUGUAACACUUCUGGCGAAAUACCCCAGAUUUUCGUGAAAUCUCCAGUGCACUUUUGUAGCAUUGCCCCCGUUAUGGUUUGGUAGUUCUGUGGUUCCAGGGAAUUAGGGACACGUCUACAAUGACAAGCCACAACAUGCACGCAGUGCUGCCAAAGCGUCCGGUUUGUUGGACGCUCCGAUUUUUUUGCCCCUUUCCCUUUUCUGAUGUUGGUAAAAGAACAAGAGUUUUACUACAUCAAGGAUUUGGUGAAUGUA